UCGGGGUAUCUGUUUAGCUUGUUCUGUAUUGAUGAAUCAUGAUGUGUAUGUAUUGGUAUACAGGCAGUAGCGAGUCCUGAUCUUGUCGUACCACAUCUUUGUACUGUCUUUGUAGGAGGUAUGAGUAGUGCCGAGCGCUGAAAUUGUAUAGUCGCGAUAUAAACGUGAACAAAACGAAGUAUAGCCUACUACAAGCAGUUGUACAGUAUUUUGAGGCCAAUUGCCACCGAGCCGCCGCAAGAUGAUUUCUUUCCGACGACCUAGUCAUCUCUUUCUAUUCAUGCAUGUAUUGAUCUUUGGACUCUGCAAGACUUCGUUUCCCCACGUCACGAAAGAUUGUAGCUUCAGCCAUGGCACCCAGGAAUCGAGAUGAUAACUUCAUGGACGUAGAUUCUGAUUCCGACAUCUCCAUGCUCGGUGAUGUUGAACACCGCGGGAAGGGAAAGGGAAAAGGCAAAACUACUGACAAGCGCAAGAAGGACAAAGGCAAGGCAAAAGCGAAGGAGCAAGCUUACACCUGGGAGGCAUCCUAUACGCGUUCAUGGGACACUGUGCAGGAGGACGAGGCUGGAAGUCUUCAGGGCGCGGUGGAGGAUCUAAUGGCGCGGGGGAGGCGAAGGAGGUUGCUUGCACCCGCUGCUGCUAUCCGCCGUGCGAUCAUCCGACAUCUGGUUCUCCUGCUCGACCUUUCAGCAGCGAUGAUGGACCGUGAUAUGCGUCCGACUCGCUUUGAUCUCAUGCUUCAGUACGCAAAGGAAUUUGUGGUUGAGUGGUUCGACCAGAAUCCUCUGGGACAGAUUGGCGUCGUUGGUAUGCGUGCCGGUAUUGGCGAAAGGAUCGGGGAGAUGUCUGGCAAUCCGCAAGAUGUCCUCAAAUGUCUCAGCGAUAGAACUCGACUUGAGCCCACGGGAGAGCCAAGCCUUCAAAAUGCCAUCGAGAUGGCACGGAGUAGCAUGAGUCACUUGCCAACUCACUCUUCUCGAGAGAUCCUCAUCAUCUUUGGCUCUCUGACGACAUGCGACCCUGGAAAUAUUCACGACACCCUAGAUGCCUGCGUAAAGAACAAAAUACGCAUAUCAGUUGUCGCACUUGCUGCAGAAAUGAAGAUCUCCAGGGAUCUAUGUGACAAGACUGGUGGUCAAUUUGGCGUGGCCAUGAACGAGGGACACUUCAAAGAUAUCUUGUUUGAGCUCGUUCCACCUCCUGCACAACGAGCUGUCGUUCGCGCAGGAGGUCCAGGGGCAAACCCAGCUGCCGACUUGAUGAUGAUGGGAUUUCCUACUCGACUUCCUGAUUCCUCACCACCAAGCUUAUGCGCCUGUCAUUCGGACAUGAAGAACGAAGGCUUCUUGUGUCCGAGAUGUAUGGCGAAAGUGUGCGAUGUUCCGACCGACUGCGACAUCUGUGGACUCAUGAUCGUGAGCUCACCCCACUUGGCACGAAGCUAUCAUCAUUUGUUCCCGGUAAAACCGUAUGAAGCUGUAACGUCGAUGGAAGGCGAGUCCGAGUCAACGGUUGCUUGCCACGCCUGUGCAAGGAUGUUUUCGACCUCCGCGUCAACUGCGGCAACUUCAGAGGGUAUCAGUCCCUGGGGUCGGUACCGCUGCCCCGAUUGUCACAAUGAUUUCUGUACAGAGUGCGAUGUAUUCGUUCACGAUGUUAUCCAUUGCUGCCCAGGAUGUGGCAAGUAGUAUAGUACGAUGUACAAAUCUGUUACUACUGAUUCACUGCAGCAAUGCAAACGACAAAUUACAAAAAAAUGGCUGUCGGACUCUUAUCUAGUAGUAAAGAUUGAUGGAGUUAAGCUUGCUUCGUGGCGGAACUAGAUCGGUCCCAGCAAUUCGGAUUGACGUAAAUGGGGUGCGGUCUUCAACGUUGAACUUUAAGUAACUCGAUACUUUUGUGUUUCUCUUCUCCUUGUUCUCGACUUCCUCCGCUGUUAUGCUGUUACUAUCUCUUACACUCUUUUUUUCUUCUUGG